GGCGCAUGUCUGUUAAUUUUAUGUAAACUGGAUUUCUGAUGUCUAACAGCAAAGUGUAAGUUUCUUCUCUAGAAAAUACAUAAAUUCCUGAACUAAAUCAACUCAAGUUUACAUGGUACGAAAGAACAAGGUAGAACAUUCAAUGUAAUCGUAAUCCGUCCAAUCAUGUGAAUGUUUUGUUAUUUGAGUCAAGGUAUCUCUUAUAUUAUAAAUGAAAGACCUAAUCAUCCAUUUAUUUGAAAUAAUCAAGUCAAAACUCUGUAGUGAUAAUUGUUAUUAAUUUUAUUUAUUCGUUUAUAUAGACUAAAGAUGUCCACAACCGGGGCCAGUGUGUCCUCAAAGUAUAUGGAAAAACUCAGGGAACUUCACUUAAGAGUGAAUGAGGCUAGGAAAUCUAAUCAUGUUCAAGUUGUUGAAGAGGAUAAGCGAUCAAAACUUCCAUCAAAUUGGGAAGUACGACAAAAACGAUUACAAUGGGAGGAAGAAGAUGAACUAUUUAGAUUGGAAUGUAAUCAACAAAAAAUUGAUCCAGAUCGAAUGCGUGCAUUAAAUGUUAGUGCUGAGAUAGCCGAUCGUCUUGAAAUAAGACGAAGAAAAAAAUGUAAUACAGAUGAAGGAUUUUCAACAUACGCUGAUGCAUCACAUCGUAAAUAUCUUAAAAUGACUAAACAGAUUAAACCAGAUUUGAUUGCUUAUCAAAAGGAGAAAGAAAAAUUAGGAGAUUUAGCCUUUCCAACUGCUGAUACGAUAGGAUUAACAGAUCGCAAAGACACACCUGAAGCUGUUGAGCGUCUAGCUAAACAAAUAAUUGAACAAGGUGUCAAGCGUAAAGCUUACAGUCGGAGACGUCCAUUCGAUGCCGAUGCUGAUAUUGACUAUAUUAAUGAGCGUAACAAACGAUAUAAUGAGUUACUUGACCGACAUUAUGGGAAAUAUACAGCUGAAAUUAAGCAAAACCUUGAAAGAGGCACAGCGAUAUAAUUUAUUCGGAAAACACUAUGUACAGUUCUUGUAUCGUAAAAGAAUUCAUCGCUUAAUUUAUGUUUAUUUUGUCAAGAAGUGGGUUUGGUUUAUCGUAACUUUCAUUUCAUUUCUACAAAUUGUACAAGGAUGCUGAGUUUUUUAACAUUAUUUUCUGAUUGAAGUUGACUAUUUUUUCGAAACACCUAUUAACAGUUAAAAUAAUUGCACUUUGAUUUCAGUGUGACGUUAGAACUGAUGUGUUGGUUGUAUUUAAAUCACAGGAAUUAGAUGAUAACUGCUAGAA